GAACAAAACAACAACAAAAAAGGAAAAAAAAUACAUACAUAAAUAAGAAAGUAAAACAAUUUGAACAUGAGAGACAGAUGGAACGAUGAACGAGAGGAGGAGGAUGACGUUGAAGAGAGGAAAUUCCAUUCCAAUUCCAGUUCACAUCUGAAUGGACGAGGAGGAGGAGGAGGACCAGGAGGCAGUAAGGAGCGUCAUUAUUGUGAGCUGGAUGAGAAUGGUGAGAUGAUAUGUCGUCAAUUGACACCGUACGAGUGCAAGCUUGAGGAUGAUGUCGAGCAACUGCAGGAUGCCCUCUUCCGUAUCACAUCACAUUAUGCCAAAAUUCAGUUUCGUUUGCGUCAAAUAGCCACCGCCUCGGGCUGUGAGAGAAUGUGUCUGCUGAAGGAACUGGAGCGAAUGACUAGCCAGGACUUGGACAAUGCUAAGCAACUGGAGAUUGAUAGUGAAUUGCCAAGCCUUGCGAGUGACUCUCAAAGUUUGGGUAAUGUGCGAGUAAAACAGCACAAGAUACUAACACAGUUGCGCGGCAGGCUCCAGAAUCUGGCGGAUGCCGCUGGAGCCUGUUUCCAAACGGAAACCGGUGGUUGCUAUAAUCUCAGUCGCUGUGUCUGCCAAAGCAAGAUCAAGCAAGGAGUGAAAUUGCCCAUUUUCGAUGACGAUGGGAAUGUGAUUGACUCACAUGACCAGGGUUGUCAUUGCUGUCGUUGUCAGGCUCGUUUGGAUCAGCAGGGUAAGGGUUUGCCAGAAGGUGCCAAAGAAAAUGGAGCUUCUUCUACUGCUUUACCCUCUGGACGGCGAUAUCUAUCCGAAACUUGGUCAGACACAGACUAUGGCAUGGUCGAUAUGGAUGAAAUGAAAUCCAAAUCAGCGAAGAAGAAAAAAUCUAAAACAGGUAAGAAAAAGAGCUCAAGUCGAUCCAGAAAACAAUCAGUCCAACAGCAUUAUGAUUAUCAAGAUUCGGGUAGCGCUGGUGAUCAGAAAAAUCGAAAAUAUUCUUCAGAGGAUAAUGCUGGUGAUCGUUAUGCCCCAUCGAAUAGGCGAUCCCGCGCCAAGAGUCCAAGUAAACUACGUCAAACCAGAGUCUGUUCGACCAACACCAGAAGUCCCGAACGCAUGCCACCACACACUGGAAGUCGUUUGUCCAGCCGGGCUCCUAGCCAGACUCCAUCUCCUCCCAAGAACUCGAAUGCUAGUUCGCCCAAACGUCUCACUGGUCAGGCAUCUCUAAUGGGUAGCAAUCACUCUGGACUACGUCAAUCGCAAUUGCUGCCAAACUACUCAAAAAGUGAACCCUUGCGCCGAAGUACGCCAAGUCAGCGUCCUUCAGGUGAAACCCGGGUUCGUUGUACAGCAGUUUGUCGCACCAAUCGCCUCUGUCAGAAGCCAAAGGAAAACCAACAGAUAGCAGAUAGUAGUGGAGAAGGCCAACCACGACGACGACGACGAACCUAUUAUCGCUCUGAAUCUGAUGCAGACACUGAUCGAACGGAAUACAUGCGGCGUUCUCCUUACGAUCGAAGAUCGGAGAAUGAGAAAAAACAAAUCAUCGGGGAUAAUUCUCGACUUCAGGCAUGGGCUAAAACAAACAACAACAAUUCUUCCAAUCAAGGCAAUACGGCAGAAACUGAUAAAUCACCGCAUAAAUCUCAUGGCAUAGCUUGUACCUGUUGCUCGUGUAGUCGACGUAUGACCCAGGAUUUUGGUAUAAUCCCUCCGGAACGACCAAGUACUAGUUCUAGCAAUAAUAGAGCCGACAAUAAUUCUCCCAAUCAGAAUAAGCCAGUUAUAGUUGUUAAAUCGUCUGUAUGGGAUGAUUUGAACAAGAACCAAAAGGAUAAAUAAUAUAGGCAAAAAGGAUGUGUGAAUUGAAAUUUUAAUUUAUCAUAAAGCACAGUCAACAGCAACAGCAGACGAACAAACAAAAGUUUUGCCCAACUGUGUGAGUGCUUUGUGUUAAGUUUUAAAAUCUCAAUUCUGGCAAAAAAAAAAAAAAAAAAAACACAAAAAAACCACACACAAAAAAACAACGAAAGCUGAGAUUUCUAUAUAUGUAUGUAUAUAUAUUUUUGAUAUAGAUUAAAUGUUCUCUUUGAGCCCUUUU